UGAGCAGCGACGCGCACUUUUAGGACGUGCUUGUGACCCGCCUUCCGGAAGGAAGCGGCUAACUAUGGCGACCGCCACGGAGCAGUGGGUCCUGGUGGAGAUGGUACAGGCGCUCUACGAGGCUCCUACUUACCAUCUUAUUUUGGAAGGGAUUCUGAUACUCUGGAUAAUCAGACUUCUUUUCUCUAAGACUUACAAAUUACAAGAACGAUCUGAUCUUACAGUCAAGGAAAAAGAAGAACUGAUUGAAGAGUGGCAGCCAGAACCUCUUGUUCCUCCUGUCCCAAAAGACCAUCCUGCUCUCAACUACAACAUCGUUUCAGGCCCUCCAAGCCACAAAAUUGUGGUGAAUGGAAAAGAAUGUAUAAACUUCGCCUCAUUUAAUUUUCUUGGAUUGUUGGAUAACCCUAGGGUUAAGGCAGCAGCUUUAGCAUCUCUGAAGAAGUAUGGCGUGGGGACUUGUGGACCCAGAGGAUUUUAUGGCACAUUUGAUGUUCAUUUGGAUUUGGAAGACCGCCUGGCAAAAUUUAUGAAGACAGAAGAAGCCAUUAUAUACUCAUAUGGAUUUGCCACCAUAGCCAGCGCUAUUCCUGCUUACUCUAAAAGAGGGGACAUUGUUUUUGUAGAUAGAGCUGCCUGCUUUGCUAUUCAGAAAGGAUUACAGGCAUCCCGUAGUGACAUUAAGUUAUUUAAGCAUAAUGACAUGGCUGACCUCGAGCGACUACUAAAAGAACAAGAGAUCGAAGAUCAAAAGAAUCCUCGCAAGGCUCGUGUAACUCGGCGUUUCAUUGUAGUCGAAGGAUUGUAUAUGAAUACUGGAACUAUUUGUCCUCUUCCAGAAUUGGUUAAGUUAAAAUACAAAUACAAAGCAAGAAUCUUCCUGGAGGAAAGCCUUUCAUUUGGAGUCCUAGGAGAGCAUGGCCGAGGAGUCACUGAACACUAUGGAAUCAAGAUUGAUGAUAUUGAUCUUAUCAGUGCCAACAUGGAGAAUGCACUUGCUUCUAUUGGAGGUUUCUGCUGUGGCAGGUCUUUUGUAAUUGACCAUCAGCGACUUUCCGGCCAGGGAUACUGCUUUUCAGCUUCGUUACCUCCCCUGUUAGCUGCUGCAGCAAUUGAGGCCCUCAACAUCAUGGAAGAGAAUCCAGGUAUUUUUGCAGUGUUGAAGGAAAAGUGCAGACAAAUUCAUAAAGCUUUACAAGGCAUUUCUGGAUUAAAAGUGGUGGGGGAGUCCCUUUCUCCAGCCUUUCACCUACAACUGGAAGAGAGCACUGGGUCUCGCGAGCAAGAUGUCAGACUGCUUCAGGAAAUUGUAGAUCAAAAAAGCCUCUUUGCCCUGAGAGAGAAGAGGGUAGAAAGGAAGAUGCUGGUGACCCGCUCUUGACAUGGAAUCCUAAUCUUCCAGGUCCUUCCUAGCUUCUGGCCAUGGUAACAGGCAGCAGGCCCUCCCAUUGGGUCAAUAUGUGGCUCCCUCCAAAGAUACUCUGUUUUGUACCACUUUGCAUUUAAAUAUACUUGGCCUCUCCUGAAAAAUUAGCCUUGCAGAAAACUCACUUGCUCACCAUUUUACAAAGCCAGGCUUUCCUAUGUGUAGUUGGGGGAGGCAUUGUGUGUGGGCAUCGCACACAUUCCUCCUGGACGGCUGGCUGUCCCCGCAGCACAGCUCAGGGACAGUCCACUCACAGUCACCCUGAAGUCAGGAUGCUCUUGUAAACGGAAAGGAAGACCACUUUUUAUAACAUGCCUAAUUUGGGGAGAUUUAUUUACAUUUAUUUAUCUUCCAAAAGUUAUUUUACUACUAAUUGUCUAUGAAGCACGUCACCAGGGAAAACCGCUUGCCCCUUUUCAUCCAGUAGCACUGCCCCUCCAGAGUGCUUGCUGCCCUGGGCACGCGGGUUUACAGUGGUUCAGAGCCAACAGAAGUUUCUUUAAAAAGGGGGAGGAAGGGCCGGGCGCGGUGGUUCACGCCUGUAAUCCACCCUCCUGGAGCCAUGCUGCUCAGAAGAAAUAUUACGUGAGCCACAUAUGUAACCUUAAAUUUUACAGUAACAACAUUCAACUACAAAGAAAUAGGUGAAAUUGAUUUUAAUAAUACAUUUUAUUUUAUCCAGUGUGUCAAAAAAUUGUUUGAACAAUAAUGCAGAUAAAAAUCAUUGAGAUAGUUCACAUUGUUUUCCAUGGUAAAUCUCCAAAAUCUGGUGUGUCAUGUUGUCUAAUCACGGCACAACUCAAUUCGGCCUCGCCAUGUUCAGGUGCACAAUCAUCGUGUGUGGCCCACGGCUGCUGUCCUGGACAGCACAGGACAAGUGAACACAAACGCCCUCCCUGCCCUUCUCCUCCCACAUCUGCUAGCCUGUAAGAGGAGGAAGCAGCCCUUCCUGGGUUCAGUGUGGUGGUUCAUGGUGGCUGAGACGGGCCAGAAUCCCAGGGCUGCUCUGAGGGAAGGAGCUCAGUCUGGGCUCUGGCCUCCUCUCUUGAAGAAAUGGAGAUGUGACAAGGUGUGGUGGCUCAUGCCUGUAAUCCCAGCACUGUGGGAGGCUGAGGUGGGUGGAUCACGAGGUCAAGAGAUUGAGACCAUCCUGGCCAACAGGGUGAAACCCUGUCUCUACUAAAAAUACAAAAAUUAACUGAGUGUGGUGGCACUCGCCUGUAGUCCCAAAUUACUCGUGGGGCUGAGGCAGGAGAAUCACUUGAACCCAGGGGGCAGAGGUUGCAGUCAGCCAAGCUCGCAUCACUGCACUCCAGCCUGGCGACAGAGCGAGACUCCAUCUCAAAAAAAAAAAAAAGAAAAAAAAGAAAUGGAGAUGGGCUCAGCACUUUGGGAGGCUGCGGCAGGAGGAUCACUUGAGCCCAAGAGUUCAAAACUACUCUGGGGAAGAUAGUGAGACUUUGGGUCUACAAAAACAAAAAAGCAAAACAAAACAAAACAUUAGUCAGAUAUGGUGGCACAUGCCUGUAGUCCAGCCGCUAGGAAGGCUGAGGUGGGAAGACUGCUUGAGCCCCAGGGGUUGAGACUGCAGUGAGCUGUGAUCAUGCCACUGUACUCCAGCCUGGGUGACAGAGGAGACUGUUUCAAAAAUAGAAAAAAGAAAAGGGACUGGGGGAGAUUGUGAAGACUAAUACACAUGAGGACUUACAGUAGGACUUGGCCCAGAGUAAAGAGCAAAAUACACCAGCCCUCGUGCUCUACACGGCCUUUUUGUUUGUUUUUGAGACAAGGUCUCCUCUGUUGCCCAUGCUAGAGUGCAAUGGCAUGAUCUCAGCUCACUGCAACCUCUGCCUUCUGGGUUCAAGCAAUUCUCCUGCCUCAGCCUCCCAAGUAGCUGGGACUACAGGCACCCACCACCAUGCCCGGCUAAUUUUUUGUAUUUUAAUAGAGACGAGGUUUCACCAUGUUGCCCGGGGUGGUCUCGAACUCCUGAGCUCAGGCAAUCCUCCCACCUUGGCCUCCCAAAGUGCUGGGAUUACAGGCAUGCGCCACCGUACCAGACCUCCACACAGUCUUGUUUUGUCUCACCAAGCCAAUGGCUAGAGUUGUCCCCAAAAUGGUGGCAGGGGAAUUCCCAGAAGGGAGUGCCCCAAACCAUCCCAAGAUGGGGUCAGUUGGGAUUCCAAAGAAAAGCACUAAUGGCAGGGUGAUUAGUCCAAAACAUUAUUAGAGGAACCUGUGUACAGAGGCUGCAGCAGUACGUUUGAGGGACAGCAAGAGACAAGGAGCUUCUCCAGCAAGGGGACUGGAGUUUACGGAUGUCAGGGUUGAAGGAAUUUAUCUCAAGGCCAGAGUCAGUUUCUUUCUGUGUUUUAGGCAAACAACCUAGAUAUCUCUAUCAAUGCUGAGGCCCAGCUUUGGGUUCAAACCUGCAGGGAAAAACCUGUAGCUGGCUGCAUCAUAGAGUGGUCAAGGCGCUCUGUGAUCUUUGGUCAAGAAUGUUAGGGGGCCAGGCGCAGUGGCUCAUGCCUGUAAUCCCAGCACUUUCGGAGGCCGAGACAGGCGGAUCAUUAUGCUACAUGGGAAUGCCUUUGUUUAACCUGGGGAUCUUGAAUCAUACUGAAUAGCCUUGAUAGUAUGAUUUAUGGCUGGGGUGGGACAAAUCUAUAUAGCCUUAUGGUGUGGGGGGGGCACAACACAUCAGAAAUACCAACAAUGUGAUUUAGGGUGGAGGUUUUGGGUUAUGCAUGAUCAGCUGACCUAGAGACUGCGAUUAACCACAUGGACAAUCAAUCAUGGAUAUGUAAAGCAGCCUCAAUAAACACUCUGGGUUCCAAGGCUUGGGUGCGCUUCCCUGGCUGGCAAUACUCUGUGCAUACUGUCACACACUGAUGCCAGUAGAGAAUGCUUUCUGACUUCAGAGAGACAGGACAAGAGCUGUGUUUGGUACUUCUCCCAGGCUCUGCCCUGUUCUCUUCCUUUGGCUGAUUUUGAUCUUUAACAUUUCCCUGUCGUUAACUGUAACCACGAAUACAAUAGCUUUCAUUGAGUUCUGAAUCGUUCUAGCAAAUUAUCUAACCUGAGGGUUGGUUUUAGGAAUCCUCCAGGCUUACAAGUACUUCUUCUAUUCACUCCGACUUCUACCAACCAGUCACUUUUUACCUUCCAGAUGCCAACUGUGGGGGGAAGAGUUGCUUAGCAACGUGGAAAAGGGAGAAGCUAUAAGGCUUCCCAGUGUUCAUGCGAUUGUCCCUAUUUCUGUGCCUCUUCCACCUUUCAUCCCAGAGGUAACUGGUGCUGUGAAUUCUGAAAUGUAAGUAAGUUUAUUAGUUUCUCCACUGAUUUAGAACUGGGGUUUCCUGGGUCUACCAAGUUAGUUAACACCGUCUAUCUGCUUUCCAAUUCCCCAAGUUAUGUUUGUUUCCUCUAUUUUCUCCAACUUGUGGGUUUUUGUGUGAAUACAUCUGUUGCAGCAGCCAUAGGGAUGUAUCAUUCAGAUCUCCCUUCAGAAGAAUCUGACGUGACGAGUGUAGUUGGUACUUUCAGAUCCAUCAAGGCAUUUGUGCGAAGGCCACGCUCCCCUUGGUCUCCUCCCAGACACUGACUUGAGGAAGUCAGAGAAACAAAGCCAGGCUAUUUCUGCCCAAUUCUGAACUCUACUAAAAGGAAUCCUUGCCUGGGAACUCUCCAUUGGCCUGAUCAAGACUUCGUCUUACAGAGUUGCACUGCAGUCUAAGUUUUUGCUAAUCAAUCUUCGUUUUCUCUUUUUACAGGUGUCAGACCCACACUGCAGUCUGAAGGCUCUCUCGACCUACGCUUGCUCCAUCUCCCGUUUAUCCUCCAUUUAUGUUUCCUCUAAUAAAUUCUUGCACAUCUAA